CUGGCAGGCUCCUCAUAACAGUGUCUACUUUCUAACAUGGCAGAUCAAUUUGUGUUGUAUUAUCAUGUGACGGGGAAAAGCUCUCGUACAUAAGACGGUAUUUGUGUAAACUAUCAUAGAUUCUCCUCGCGGGGAGAACGUGUUGCCAGGUUAGAUUAACGUCGCGAUGGCGGACAUGAAAAGUCCACCGUUCAGUGACAUUAAACGGCCCGAGGAGGUGGUGGCGAUGGCGAUGAACGACAGCCUCAAAUUCGCCGUGCUGAUCGGGCUGAUCGAAGUGGGACAGGUGUCGAAUCGGGAAGUUGUCAACACCGUGCUUCACCUGGUACGUAUAAACGAGGGAGAACGGAUGGGUUCGGCAGAUGCUGUGCACGCGACACGAAUGUGGUGAGACGCCGCCGAAGCGCGUAGCAAAAGCUCGGCAAACACUCUGUAAACGAACGUAGAAUGCAAAUAAAUCGUUUACCAUAUUACUCUAUUUCUCUCUGUCACUCUGUGCUUUCGCAGAACGGGACGCGUGCCCAGAUCGUGCCCCGCAAUCGAUGAUCGACGUCCACUGCUUUCGAUGCCAAUUAUUUGUUCGGUCGAUACGCAUUAGAACAAUUGGUCCGUCGAAUUAUUUUAAUUGGUCGAACUCAACGAAUCGAAUUUCGUUUGUAAGAGGAUGCUGAGGUCGUCUAGUCCAGUGCUUCUCAUAGCGAUGCGCUUAGGAGAAGUUGAAGUUUUACUCUUGAUAAGAUACUAACGAUUGUGACUCUUCGACACAACAUUUUAUGAUUCGAUUUAACUCAUUCAUAUUCAAAAACAUGUUUGAUAUGGCUACUUUAAUCUAAAGUUUAAACAAAUGAAUUUUUACCUUUUGAAUGGUUACCAUUGAUGGAGGAAACUUUUGUUUACACAAGUAGAUGGAAUAAUAUAACAUUCUGAGCAGUAACAGUGUGGCUAUUCAUAUUUUAGCCACUUUGCCCAGCUCUGGUUGGGAAGCACUGGUCUAGUCAUACAUCAUCCCUCGUUAACAAGUGAAUUAGGUAAUCUAACUAACGCCCAGUCCCAUCGAUUGCGGCGAACACUGCCGUUUUGCAUGAAAAAAAUAGAAAUGAAUGAAUUUCAAUGAAAAAAAAAAUGCCAAGUAUCUACUCAAUUGUUGUAAGCGUUGAAGUAAAUAUAAUACUGUAUGUAGUUGUUGCAUGAAUCAGAGGAUAUAAUGAAGUACCGAACUGUUACGAAAACCAGAGGAUAAGACAUCUAAAUUUAUCCGAAUAUACUUAAUUGUUGUAACGAUCAACACAUUCUAUGAUGAAAUAUUCUAUCGCGUAACGAUCAUGUUAAUGAGAUGAAUAAAAUGAAGUUCAAUGUACGUACACUUGGAGUUCAAAUCAUUUCAUCGAAGCCUUUGUUCUUCGACGCGUGUUCGAUCAUAUUCGUGGUUUUAUCACUGAUUUUGUGAACGUACGAAUAUACGUGUAUAGACGUGCACAGAGGAAAAGAAUUUCUGACAACUGAAUCGAAUUUGCUUCUAUAAUAAAAAGAAAUGGAAACCUAAAAGCAAUAUAGGAAAAAGUUCUGCUAGUUCUAACUUUCACUUCCAAAGCUCGAAGC